CGACCAACGCCUUCCUAACCGGCAUGUCCAACGCUAACCCAUUCGACCUCGCUGAUCUCUUGGAGACCGGACUUGUCAUUCAAGACAAUCCGCGUGGUCGGGGCAAAAUAGGUACCCUGUUCCUUUGCCCUUUCCCUGGAUGUGAAAAAGCCAAUGAAGAGUUCAGCGUCAAGUGGAACCUGAAGGUUCAUUUCAAGUUUGUACAUCUACGUGCUGGAACACGGUAUGCGUGUAGCGUACUAGGCUGCGGCGGAGUGUGUACCCUUCAUUCCGACUUGCCGAAGCACGUGCAGCACGAGCAUCCCUCCGUGGGCCACCCUGCCGAGGAGAACGUGCAGCCAGCAGCAUUCAUGGAUACAGAUGCGUUUGAGAGGAACAACGUUCGCGCCCUUCAUCUCGUCAAUCCGCCGAUGGAUCUCCUUGUCCAGGAUGCCCCUCAAUCGCCUCGGCAGGCCGCGGACGCCAAACCGUUCGUUUGCCACCACGCCGAUUGUAAUGCAGCUCUCGCGCACACACGCAACUUGCGUCUCCAUUGCACCUUAGACUUUGCUUGCAGCGCGCCUGGGUGUAGCCGGAUGUACAAGCGUAAUCACGACCUCCGUCGUCAUAUGCGUAGAAGUCACGAGCGUGCGCGUGAGCGGUUGUCUGACAGCCUGAGUUAGUUCUCUUAGUCGUCCCGAGUGUCAUCGAUAAGUCACUGUACUAUAGUUUAUGAACGAGAUUUCAG